GGAAACUACUCCUCGCAGACCGUGUGUGUGUGUGUGUGUGUGUACCGGACCAAACGACAGACAGACAUGGCAGAAGUCGCACCAGCACCCGCCGCCGCCGCACCGGCCAAGGCACCCAAGAAGAAGGCAGCAGCCAAGGCCAAGAAAGCGGGACCCAGCGUAGGCGAGCUCAUCGUCAAGGCUGUGACCGCUUCCAAGGAGAGGAGCGGCGUGUCCCUGGCCGCGCUCAAGAAGACGCUGGCGGCAGGCGGCUACGACGUGGAGAAGAACAACUCCCGCGUCAAGAUCGCAGUCAAGAGCCUCGUCACCAAGGGCACCCUGGUCCAGACCAAGGGCACCGGUGCAUCCGGCUCCUUCAAGCUCAACAAGAAAGCUGUCGAGGCGAAGAAGCCCGCCAAGAAAGCCACAGUCCCCAAAGUAAAGAAGGUGGCCGCCAAGAAGCCAGCCGCGGCUAAGAAGCCCAAGAAGGUAGCAGCCAAGAAGGCCGUCACUGCAAAGAAGUCCCCCAAGAAGGCCAAGAAGCCCGCUACACCCAAAAAGGCCGCCAAGAGCCCCAAGAAGGCCAAGAAGCCCGCUACACCCAAAAAGGCAGCCAAGAGCCCCAAGAAGGCUACAAAGGCAGCCAAGCCCAAGGCAGCCAAGGCCAAGAAGGCAGCCCCCAAGAAGAAGUAAACCUAUUACAAACAGUGUUCUACUCGACACAUGUUGUACCACAAAAGGCUCUUUUAAGAGCCACCCACCUCUUUCCAUAGAAAGCGCAUUGAUUUCCAUGUACUACCUGUCGUGAAAAAGAAAUUACGCACACUAGGCUACUUUUACGCACACAACAUUGUCCCACUCUGGGUGUGUGCGAAGGGAGAGGCAUAUAAUAGAGGGCCAAAAUGGCUUAGAAAUUCGACCUCACGAGUGCACCCUCACCAGCCAUUU